GAAUCAAACCUGUGACCCUUUGGUGUGUGGGACAACGCUCUAACCACUGAGCAAUACCGGCCAGGGCUCUAAGUAUUCUUUAUUAAGUUGAGGAAAUUCCUCUCUAUUCCUAGUUUAUUUAUGUAGUUUUAAUCAUGAAUAGGUGUUGGAAUUUUCAAAACCUUUCACUGCAUCUGCUGAUACAAUUAUGUGAUUUUUAUUUUUUAGCUUGUUGAUGUGAUGGAUUACAUUAACUGAUUUUUGAAUGUUGAACCAAUCUUGCAUACUUGGGAUAAAUCCCACCUGAUUAUGGUAUAUAAUUCUUUUUAUACACUGUUGGAUUAGGUUUGCUAAUAUUUUGUUAGGAUUUUUGUAUCUCUGUUAAUGAGAGAUAUAGAUCAGUAGUUUUCUUUUUUGUAAUGUUUUUGGUAUCGCGGUAAUGCUAGUCUCUUUGAAUGAGUUAGGAAGCAUUCCCUCUGCUUCUAUCCUCUGAAAGAGAUUGUAUAGAAUUAGUAUAAUUUCUUCUCUAAAUAUUUGUUAGAAUUGAUCAGUGAACUCAUCGCACCCUGUUCUUUCUGUUGUUUUUCAGCACACUCUCUGCCCAUUCUCUUGUAGCAUAUUUGAGGAGUCACCGGAAGGUCAGAGUGGUGGAAGCACAGAGAGCAGAGAGGAGAGUGGCCCCAAUAUGAGGUCUACUCAGGAAGGCAGACUUUCCCUUGAAAAAGUGGAAUCUGCUCUAGAGAGCCUGUCUGGAGAGGCCCAGUCUUCACAGUCUUUACAGUCUUCACUGGCAAGAAUAUCAUCUACUGAGUCAACCGUUUUAGAGCCUUUCCCAGGAAGCAAGAUUUGGGAAAACAAGGACAUAGGGAACCGGUCUCUGAUGCCCUGUGUUUCAGAGUCCCAGGCUUUGGAGGACCGAGCUGCGAAGGCUCAGGCCUGGGAGACUCAGGCUGCUCGGAGAAGGAGCAGCCAACCCAAGCAAAUCCCUCAUUUGGGGGUGGAAGCUGCCCCAUUCCCGAAACGGAAACCCUCACUUAAGGUGGCGAUAUCAGAGAAGGAAAAUAGUGAGGUCCUCCUCAUUCGUCCACUUUGGUUCAGCAAGAUUGAGUACAUGAUGGCCCAGAUAGGCUACUCCCUGAGGGCAAUCCAUCUUUGGCGUUUUCCCUACCUGUGGCUUCAAAAUGGAGGUUGGAGUUUUUUCAUCAUCUACAUCUUCUUGCUGUUCUUGAUCGGGAUUCCUCUCCUCUUCCUGGAGAUGGCAGUUGGUCAGAGGAUGCGUCAGGGCAGCAUUGGUGCAUGGAAGAGCCUCAGCCCCUGGGUUGGUGGUGUGGGGUAUACCAGCUUCGUGGUGUGCUUCAUUGUCGGCGCGUACUUGAAUGUGGUCAAUGCCUGGACCCUCUACUACUUGAGCCAGGCCUUCCAGUUUUCCGUUCCAUGGGAGCACUGUCCUCUACUGAAGAACUCCACUGACUUUGAUCCGGCAUGUGCACAGACAACACCCUCCAUGUACUUCUGGUACCGGCUGACCUUGAAGGUCUCAGACAGAAUUGAGGAUAAUGGGCCACCAGCCUUCAGUCUGAUCUUGCCACUUUUGGUGGCUUGGUGUCUUCUUGGUGCUUUCAUGAUUAAUGGGAUCAAGUACAUCGGGAAGGUAAUAUCUGUCUUGUUACCAAUGCCCCAUGUUCUCUUGGUCUGUUUGCUCAUCCGGAGUCUACAGCUGAGUGGGGCAGGAUUCGGCCUUCAAUAUUUGACGCUUGUGAAGGGAUCAGCUAUGUACACCGUGAAUACCUGGUCCCAAGCAGGGGCCCAAGUCUUACUUGCCUUGGGUCUCGGCUUUGGCCCCAUUGUCUCUUUAUCCUCGUACGUGGAUCCGUCCAACAACUGUCUCAUUGAUGCCUUUGUUGUGGCUCUGGCCAACCUGAGCUUCAUGGUUAUUGCCAUACCUUUUGUCUUCUGUAUCCUGGGCUCCUGGGCCAGCGUCAUCACGAACAACUGCACUGAGAAGAAUGCUGAAUUGCUUUUGAAGCUGGUAACCCUGGGGGAACUGCCUCCUGAGGCCCAGUCCCCUCUACCCACGAAAGGUGACUCAACCACUGUCUUCAACUCCUGGCUCAACAGCCUUCCCCAGCCCAUCAAGAACAUGGUCCUCAGCCACAUUACUGAGUGCAACAUAGAGAAGCAGUUUUCGAAGGUUGCGGAGGGCCCAAAGUUUGCAUUCCUGACCUUUGUUGAAGCCAUGUCAUUCACUUCGGGGUCUGUCUUCUGGUCCAUCAUCUUCUUCCUGAUGUUGCUGACCUUGGGGCUGAAUGUCAUGAUGGGGAUCAUGCAGAGCAUCCUCACUUCACUCCAGGACACCUUUUCUUUUUUCAGGAAGCAUGCAAAGCUGUUUACAGGGUUUGUCUUUGGGUUCAUGUUCCUGUGCAGCUUCUUCUUCAUUCAACCUUCAGGCGUCUACUACAUCAGACUGCUGAGUGACUACUGGAUGAUCCUCCCCAUAAUGAUCAUUGUCAUAUUUGAAAACAUAGCCGUGGCCUGGGCCUAUGGGGCCAGGAGGUUUCUUGAAGACUUGGAGACUCUGUGGGGCUACCCCAUCUAUCCCAUCUUUUUCUGGCUAUGGUGCUGUCUGUCUCCAAUUGCGCUGAUAGUCCUGUUUUCUGCCACCAUGAUUAUUCUGCCUCUGAAGAACAUCACCUAUGUGGCCUGGGACUCAAGCAGUUCAAAAGAGACGCUUCGACAAUACCCGUCAUGGGGGGUGCUCUCGAUGAUUGCCCUUUCCCUCACUGUCAUCCUCCCCAUCCCCAUGUACAUUUUAUACUACCUCACCCAACGCAUUCCCCUCAAAUCGAUGAGCUUGGAUGAGUCUCACAUACCCUCCAAAUCCCAACCCCUAAGAUCCCAUCUAAGACCCGUUAAAGAGGUCCAAAAGAAGGAAGUCAUAUAAGGUGACAAUGAAACUGCUGAUCCACCAGUUGUGUGAUAUCCCAACUUCCUUGAUGUGGCCUGAUAUCACAUAUCCUCAAAACAGAUCUAACAGGCAACUCAAUAUCAACUACCAACUGUUGAUGUCCUUGGACCCAGAACUCCUUUUAUUCCCAAGAGUAGGGGCUUUAUUUAAGGGCCUCUUAGUCCUGGCUUUGCAGCCCCCCUUCUAGACCCCCUCUGGUUGCCACUGUCACUUUUCCCAUCCCCCUCCUCAGUGUGUACACAAGCCACUCACAUACACUGUCAGUAAUGCCAACUGAACCUGACUGGUAUGGAGCUGGAGGAGUAAUGCUAUUGGUCAAUAAAUCAGUCCACUGGGACUCCAGGAACUGGGUGUGAGCAGAUCUGUUUUAUUUUCUAUAAAUGUCUCAUAUUGUCUUUUCUUCUUCUUU